CCACCAGAAUGAAGUCACGAGUGGGUGGACAUCUGAGAUUCACCGCUGCCUUUGUUUUCACACUAUCAGUCGUUUUUUUAUUUUGUUGUUUUUGAUUGGUUGAUUUGUUGGACUGGCACGCCCCCCCCCCACCGGACUGGGCGAGUGGACGGGUCCACGAGUGGGAACUCAAACGUGACGUUUGUCGUUGUUUGUUUGAAGUUGUGGUGGUUGUGUCUCACGUCACGUCACGAGAUGUGGACGCCGUGGCCGUGUGUGUUCGUGCUCGUGCUGCUGCUAUUUGGCUACUGGCCGUCUGUGCAGACCCCGGUGGGGCCACAGGAGGGCUGGCAAGUGUUCGGCUCCGCCCACGAUGCCAACGGCCGCUGCGUGUGCACGGUGGUGGCACCCGGGCAGAGUCUGUGCUCCCGGGACGCCAAAGGACGCCAGCUGCGACAACUCCUGGAGAAGGUCCAGAACAUGUCUCAGUCCAUGGAGGUUUUGAACCUGCGCACCCAGAGGGACUUCCAGUAUAUCGUGAGGAUGGAGAGCCUCAUCAAAGGUCUGCGCUCCAAGUUCAGACAGAUGGAUUCGGACAGGAGGACGCUGGCCACCAAAAACUUCCAGGAGCUGAAGGAGAAGAUGGACUCGUUGCAGCCGCUCAUCCCCGUGCUGGAGCAGUACAAGACGGACGCCAAGAUCAUCUCCCGGUUCAAAGUGGAGCUCAAGAACCUGUCCGAGGUGUUGCUGGCCGUCCAGGAACAGAUGGGGACGUUCGACUAUGACGAGCUCAACCAGAAAGUUCUCAGCUUGGAAAAGCGCCUGAGAAGCUGCAUGAGCAAACUCACAUGCGGCAAGCUAAUGAAGAUCAGCGGCCCACUCACAGUGAAGACCUCCGGGACCAGAUUCGGCGCAUGGAUGACAGACCCGCAAGCGUCUCCCAAAAACAACAAAGUUUGGUACAUGGACGGUUACACCAACAACAAGAUCGUCAAGGAGUACAAAUCCAUGGCGGACUUCGUGUCGGGCGCGGAGUCUCGGACGUACACGUUGCCAUUCAAGUGGGCGGGCACCAACCACGUGGUGUACAACGGCUCGCUUUACUACAACAAGAUGCAGAGCAACAUCAUCGUGCGCUACAGCCUGGAGACGCGUCGCGUGCUCACGCAGCGCACGCUGGAGUCGGCCGGCUACCACAACGUGUACCCGUACACGUGGGGCGGCUUCUCCGACAUCGACCUGAUGGCGGACGAGCUGGGCCUGUGGGCCGUCUACGCCACCGACCGGAACGCCGGUAACGUGGUCCUGAGUCGCCUGGAACCCGACACGUUGCGAGCGGUCGCCACGUGGAACACCGAGUACUCUAAGCGCAACGCCGGCGAGGCCUUCAUGAUCUGCGGGACGCUUUACGUCACCAACUCGCACCUGACCGGCGCCAAGGUCUACUACGCGUACGCCACGCAGACGUCCGCCUACGAGUACACCGACAUCCCCUUCCACAACCAGUACUUCCACAUGUCCAUGCUGGACUACAACGCCCGGGAGCGAGCGCUCUACGGAUGGAACAAUGGACACCAGGUGCUCUUCAACGUCACGCUCUUCCAUGUCAUCAAAACCGAGGACGACGCUUAAUCGGCACUCGGCUGUGCUGGAUUCAUUCAUUAGCUAGUGUGGAUAUAAAAAAGUCUCCACACCCCUGUUCAAAUGCCAGCCUCUUGCGCUAUAGAAAACGAUACCAAGAUACUGUAAAUAACUUCAAAACUGUUUCCACUAUUAGUGUGACCUAUAAGCUGCACAACAAAUAUUUAGAUAUUAUAGAGAGGGGAUGUAAACAACUGAGAUGAUGUGGUUGCACUAGUGUGCACACUCUCUUAUAACUGGGACUGUUUUCGGAAUUAAAUAUUCACAUUCAACCUCAUGUUGUGUGAGAAAGCAAAAAAAAAAAAAAAGUCAAGAAAAGCCUACUAGAACAUGUGAACUUUAUUUGGGGUUAAUCAGAGGGACCUUAAAUAGCGGCAUGUGCGUGCUGACUCUCAUUGAACAUGAGUUGGAUGAGUUCAUUCCGAACACAGCCACAUUCCCAGUUAUAAAAGGGUGUGCACACUUUUGCAACCAUAUUAUCUCCGCUCUUUAUUUUUACUUCCCCCCCUCAAAAAUAUUUCUCUUUUUUUUCAACUGAGUUGUACAGGUCAGAUUAAUGGUACUAAAAGUUUAGAAAUGAUUUUCAUAGUCUCCUUUUUUUAUACAUCACAAAAACCUAGCAUUUCAACAGGGGUGUGUAAACUUUUUAUACCCACUGUAUUUUAUGACAUUCAGCUCGCAAUUUGCUUUGUUGUAUCCGUCAUUUAGCUCAUCCACGGUUUUUAGCUUUCUUUCCUGUCAUCGGUUUUGGAUUGUGCUUACCGCAUUUUCACGACCACAAGGCGCAUCGUAUUAAAAGGCGCAGUCUCAGUUACGGGGUCUAUUUCUGUAUUUAACACAUACAUAAGUAUUAUUGGGCGCAGGCAUACGGUAGCAUGCAUGCAUGCUAAAACAAUGUUUUUAAAAAAGGCAGCGGGAGCAAAACUGAGUUCGGUUGUACUUUAUUGAAGUAUUUAACGAUGUACUCACGUUAUUUUUGGAUCAAUCCUCAUCCACAAAUCCAUCAAAGUCCUCAUCUUCUGUAUCCGAAAUGAACAGCUGGGCAAGUUCUCCAUCAAACACGGCAGGUUCGAGUCAGUCUCGUUGCCGUGCGAAAGCUCGAACAACAGUGCAAGCAGGCACGUUAGCCCAAGCAUCCACAAUCCAUUCGCAAAUUGUGGCGUAACUCGCCCGGCGCUGCCCCCUCGUCUUAGUAAAGAUGUGUUCGCCAUCUGUCAUCCAUCGCUUCCACGCCGCUCGCAACUUCACUUUGAACGCCCUGUUUACACGGCUGUCCAGCGGUUGGAGUUCCUUAGUCAUGCCUCCCGGAAUGAUGGCAAGCUUCCUCACUUGCUGCACAUGGCAGAGUUAUUGCACUCAGUCGAAUGGUGACUUGAGACGCUUCUCCCUUCUCUUCUUUGCUCAUUAACCCAACUCGGGCCACCUCGCCUUGUUUCCGCGUUUUUUUCUUCUUCUCAGCUUAAGUCUUCUUGACUUGGCGAAGCUCGUAUUCCUGCUUCCUCCACUUGCGAACCAUGGAUUCGUUGAUCUUGAAUUCUCUCGCGGCUGCUCGAUUCCCAGGUUCCUCCGCGUAAAUGAUAGCUUGUUUAAACUGUGCUUCGUAAGCGUGUCUCUUUGUCGGUGCCACUUUCGGGGGUCCUUAGCCAAACCAAUGUUGUUUUGCACAAUGCACACCCCGGCGCUAUAUAUCUACUGGGGGCGUCCGCUUUUCCUCUGUAUAAGCAGUGUGUCGGCAGGAAAUGCUCCCAGUCAGUCAACGGUAAAAAAAAAAACGUCCAAAAAAAAAAAAAUGUCAAGUGGACCACUCAUCACACAACAACAUUUAUAGAUGUUGGAACCCGGUGCACACUUAAGGCGCGCCACAUUAAAAGGCGCCCCGUCCAUUUUGGAGGAAAUGUAAGACUUUUAAGUGUGACUUGUGGUCGUGAAAAUACGGUAUUUGCCGGCCUUCCUGUGCAGCUCGGUUGAUGCAAGGGGAACAAAAAGUAGCAUCCAGUGGUGUCAGUAAUUGUAAUAAUAAACAUGUUCUCCAUUACAACUUGCUGCUGGUGUGUUUCCCCUUGCAAAAAAAAAAAUGCAGGCAGUCAUGAGAUUAAAGUCUUUUUUCUUC